AUGUUGACAAAUAGUUCUCGAUUUACAACGUACGUUUCUCAAAUUAACAAUAUCAAAUUUGAUGCAACUUUUUUACCAGUUGUUGCAACAAGUUUUACAAUAUUUAUGGUGUUGUACAAAUUUGCUAAUCCAUUCUUCUCAAAUUUAUUAGUUAAAAGUUAUAAAAAUUUUACUAUUACACAAAAAAUUGAUUUUAGUACUCGGAUAAAUUCAUCAAUUAAUUCGUUUACAGUUGGCACAAUAUGCGUGUAUAUGAUGAUAGCUGAUAGAGGUCUAGAAGCAAAUCCGUUAUUAUAUAAAUCCUAUCUUUUGAAGACAAAUUUAGCAAUUGUUAUUGGAUAUCUAUUUGCAGACACAGCAAUUAGUAUAAUACACUAUAAAAAAGUCGGCGAUCCAUUUACCAUUACACACCAUCUUGUUUCUAUUUAUGCUUUCUUCUAUGUUUUGACACUCGAUGUAAUGCCAUAUUUUGCCAAUUUUCGUCUAUUAGCAGAAUUAUCUACACCGUUUGUUAACAUAAGAUGGUUUCUCGAUACACUCAAAUUUUCCAGAACAUCUACACCGUUUGUUGCCAAUGGAUUAAUAAUGACAUUAUUAUUUUUCUUUGUUCGUAUCGUCGCCAUGCCAAUCUAUUGGUAUAAAGUUUAUGUUGUUGCCAUACAACCAAUGUGGGCUCAUAUGGGUCAUUUUCGAUUUAUACUUAUUUCGGUGUGUAUUGUAUUAGAUGUAAUUAACAUAUAUUGGUUUUCAAAAAUGUUACGUGGUUGUAUUAAAAUUUUACAAGCAGUAUUUGCAAUAAAACAAUCACAAAUUCGUACAUCUAACAGCAACACGAGCACUCAACAAAACAGUAAUUUACGCACAACAGUUCACAAUAAACAACCAUAG